GAACAAAGUAGGCAAUGUGGCGCCGCUCCUGCGCCAUGUGAUGCCCCACAUUAUGGUGGAAGAUGGCGAUGGGCAAGAACCUCCGGGUCCUUGCAAAGGCCUUACCCGAAUCUCCCUAUAGUGUCAUCUUAGAGGACAGGACCAAGAAAGAUACCCUUUUAUUCGAUUCCGGGGCUGUCGCUGUUCUCACCGAGUUGCAGACAGAGGCCAUCAGAAAGCAAUAUUCACGGUUGGCAGAUGCCUACAGCUGUCUUGGAGUGCUGAAGUUCGGAAAGUCUUCCACAACUGCCACUGAGGGAGAAGUGCUGUACCUGGUUCUGGUGACGGCAUGCAGCUCGGUGGGGAAGAUACGAGACUCGGAGGUUUUUCGAAUCACGCAGACCCAAUUUGUGUCCCUGAGAGGAGCCGUGGGAGACGACGAGAGGGUGUCGGAAGUGAGGAAGGUGCUCAACUCGGGGACGUUCUAUUUCACCUGGUCUGGAAGCAGCGAGCCCCUGGAUCUCAGCCUCUGUGUGCAACGAAGGACCCGAACCGCUGUCACGGACAACAGGAACCGGAAUCUCUUCUCUCAUCUGUCUGGCUAUGGAGUGGACUGUGGCGAAUGGCUGGUGAAGAUGAUGUGCGGUGCAGUUGAGAUCAGGACCAUCUAUGUUGGACACCGCCAGGCCAAGGCUUGCCUCAUCUCUCGACUCAGCUUUGAAAGGGCUGGAACUAGGUUCAAUGUGAGGGGGACAAAUGAUGAAGGCCACGUGGCAAAUUUCGUUGAGACCGAACAGGUGAUAUUCCUGGAAGACGAGGUCACGUCAUACCUGCAGACACGGGGAUCUGUUCCUCUCUUUUGGGAACAGCCUGGAAUCCAAGUCGGCUCUCAUAAGGUGAAGUUCUCCAGGGGCACUGAAGCAUCCAAGCAUGCAUUCCUGAAGCACAUGCACUUGAUGAAGGAGCGAUAUGGGAGGCAGGUCAUUGUUAACUUGCUUGGGGCUUCUCUGAUUGGAAGCAAGGAAGGGGAGGCCACCCUCUCUCAGAUGUUCCAGAGUCAUCACAAGGAUUCCCCCUUCGCCAGAACUGUUCCACACAUCCUCUUUGAUUAUCAUGCUGAGUGCAAGGGAGGGAUGCAAAACCUGUCCAAACUCCAAGAGAAACUGCGGGAUCAUCUGCGAUCUCUUAGUCUCUUUUAUGCUAAGGGCAGUGAAAUCUUUGUGCAGCAAAAGGGGACCUUGAGAACCAACUGCAUGGACUGCCUAGACAGGACCAACUGCGUCCAGACCUUGAUCGGGCUGGAGAUCCUGAGCAAGCAGCUGCAUUGGUUGGGACUGGCCGAUAAGCCCCAGAUCGUCGCUCGAUUCCAGGACAUGUACAGGCAGAUGUGGACCAACAAUGGGAAUGAAGUCAGCAAGAUCUAUGCUGGGACUGGAGCUUUACAAGGAGGAAACAAGUUGAUGGAUGGUGCUCGAUCAGCAGCUCGCACAAUUCAGAAUAAUCUAUUGGAUAGCAGCAAGCAAGAGGCUAUAGAUGUACUCAUCAUGGGCAGCUCAAUGAACUCCGAAUUGGCCGACAGAGCAAGGACGCUUCUACCUUCACAUUUGCUUCAAGCUUCAGCAGGCUUCCUGAAUGAAGUGGUUAAGCGGUACCAGGAAUUCUCAGAGCACAUGACACUUCGCCUGGCUGUCGGUACGUACAACAUCAACGGGGGGAAGCACUUUCGUAGCAUCGUGUACAAGGACUGCUCUCUUGCUGACUGGCUUCUGGAUUGUAGACCCAAGGCUGCAGAGGAUUUUGAAGAAGAACCAGAUGUCCCUGUGGAUAUCUUUGUUGUCGGGUUUGAAGAGAUGGUGGAUCUGAAUGCAGCAAACAUUAUGGCAGCCAGUAUUGCACUUGAUGAUGACUACUUUCACUCAUAUUCCACUCUUGGUGUUGGCAGCUCAGAGAAUGCAAAGGCAUGGGAGAAGGAACUGCUGAAGACGAUAAAUCGAGACAGGGAAUACGUGUUGCUCACGUCAGUUCAGUUGGUGGGCAUCUGCCUGUUUGUGUUUGUUGAUUUGCAUCUCACCCCACACAUUCGUGACGUUGCCACUGACAUUGUCAAGACCGGCCUCGGUGGAGCCACAGGGAAUAAAGGAGCUGUAGCAGUUCGACUUGUCGUCUAUAAUUCAUCUAUGUGCUUUGUGUGUGGGCACCUGGCUCCCGGUCAAUCGGCUGUAACAGAGAGAAAUCAGUCAUAUCACGACGUAUCUCGCCGUCUCAUCUUCCCCAUGGGGAAGUCAUUGAAUUCCCAUGACUAUAUCAUCUGGUGUGGAGACUUCAACUACAGGGUGGACCUGACCAAGGAGGAGAUGGAACAGAUGAUUUCUGAGUCAAGGUGGGAGGAACUGCUGGAAUACGAUCAACUCAGGGUUCAGCAAAGCCAAGGGAAUGUGUUCAACGGCUUCCUGGAGGGUCCCAUCAACUUCCCGCCCACUUACAAGUACGACUUGUUCUCCGACGACUACGACACCAGUGAGAAGUGUCGUGUGCCUGCCUGGACGGAUCGCGUGCUUUGGAGGAGGCGGAAGUUGUUCCCUCAGGAAGCAUCACCCAUGGAUGACUGGAGCCCAGGUGAGUGCAAGUUCUACGGAAGGGCCGAGCUGAAGCAGAGCGAUCAUCGACCUGUCAUCUGCAUCUUGGACGUCCAGGUCCUUCGCGUGAGGGAGGAGGACCGGAACCGAGUCAUCGAUGAUGUCAUCCAUGAACUUGGCCCCUCUGAUGCUACAAUUGUUGUUGAGCCUCACCAGCACAGCCCAACAGAAGACGACGACAUCGAGGACAUCUUCGAUGGCGACUUCACGCAGGCCUUGAUGAAUGAGCUGAGUGCAUAUGGCCAGGUUGUCCUAAUGUACUUUGCCCAGAACAAGAUGUGGGUCACGUUCCGGGAUGGCCGGGCGGCUCUUCAAGCCCUCUGUGUCAACGAACAGCCUAUCAACGAUGUGGUGGUGUCGGUUCGACUGAAGACAGAAAACUACGAAGAGCUGGUGAAACAAGAGCUCCGGCUUGGAAUUAGCAACACUGUGCCUCUCUAUGUGAAAGACAAGGACAAGGGGGAUGAGGAGGAGGAAGCCAAGCCUCACGAUCUCCCUCUUACGAUGCCCCCUCUGUCGGAAAUGCAAGCUCUUGAUCUAGUAAUUUUAAGUAAGAAGAAGAAUCCUCCCAUACGAAGAGCACUUUCAGCAGUCACAGCUCCUGCUCCUCCUCCUACUUUGGUUCUGCCUCUCCACCAUUCCAUGCAGCUUCCAAAUGGCUUUGAUACCAAACCUCCCCUUUACAAAUCCACUAGAGCCCAGUUUUACACUUCCAUAGAUGACAGCGACUUGGGAGACGGGGAGCAAGAGGGUUGGUCAUCUGGGCGGAGCACCCCAGAGGGAGACAAGAAGCCUCCUCCACCGAAUCGACCCCCGCCUCCAUCUCGUCCUCCACCCCCCACUAUUCCUUCCCCUUCUUUGAAGAAAAAGUCUACUCCUCGAGCAGGAGUAAUCAGUGUAAAGCCACCACUUCAGCCGGCACGCCCGGCUCCCCCGGCACCGUUGACCGAUGAAUUGGUCCCAGCUGCAGCCCCACCACCCUGCCCACCAAGGCAAGACUCAAUUUCUCCACCUGAGGAAUCUCAACCAGAUCCCUUCUCCAUCCCACCUCAAUUGGACUCCAUGUCCAGAGAAGAGACAACCAAGAAUGGCACAUAUGGGAAUGGAAGGACCGCUCCACCGGUUCCUCCUCGACAAGACUCCUCGUCUCCCGAGGAGACCCCUCUCCGGCCUCUCCCACCCAUUCCCCCACGUAAUGACAACGAGGACCGGGUUUCAUCGACAAAACCCCUGCCAUUGAUUCCUCCACGUGGAUCAGUGCGGAACCCGGCAUCGGCCCCUCCCAUACCCUGUCGAUCGGGUCUCCCUCCUCCCAUUCCCCCUCGGGGGAACUGA